CUAUUUAAUAAGGCAGCAAAAUAGUAACGUUGUUAACACAUUACGUAGGCUACUCCAAGUAUUACGCGUUACAUCUUUGGGAAACUAGUUUUCCAGAGAACAAAGUGAAGAAACAAGUUCGUGGUUGCUCAAACGUCAUCUUAUUAAGUCAGCACAGUUCAAUUUUUCAAAACAUGCUCAGAGCAGAGGAUAACCAACCAUCAACACGAAAAGUGCCACCGGCAACAGUUGUCUGCGAAUUCAGCAACCCUGUCUACGAAUCUAGUUUCAAUGCAAAUGAGAGUGAAGAUAAAAGAGAGGAAUAUGAACCAGGAGAAAUUACUUUGCAAAGAGAACCAGAAGAUUAUAAUCCAGUGCGCCCUCUCUGGCAGCGCAUUCUUAUAGCUUGCUGCAUCACAUGUGUUUGGACGCCGGAAGCUGAUUAA